GGUCUUUUACCGGUUCCCACUUUAGUUCCUGUCCUCAUAGAGCCGACAUCUCCUGCAGCGGACUUCAUUGUGAGGAGGAACCGCAUACUUUUUUUUUAUCCCAGCAUUCUGGUCUAAUGGACACACUCUUUGUAAAUGCUUUUUAAGAAUAAUCACUCUAGGAAGACGCACACUGGCCCAGGCCUUGAGUGUUAUUUGAAGGGAUUUAACUUCACUGGCGAGCCACCUUGGCUUCUCUGCACCUGAGCAACCCCAACACUAAAUUUCAUCUCUUUCAUAUCCAAUUUACUAGUGACUCACCAAAAGGAGUUGUUGUGACCAUGAACACUGCCACUCCCAACAACUUUGACUUCUCUUUCCUGGAGGAGGGUUUCUCUGCCCGGGAUAUUGUUGAUCAGAAGAUCAAUGAGUCUUCCAUGACGGAUGAUAGGGAUGCCUUUUACAUCUGUGACUUGGGAGAUGUACUGAAGAAACAUCUGCGCUGGGCAAGGGCCCUGCCUCGCGUCACUCCUUUCUAUGCUGUCAAAUGCAACGACAGCCAGGCUGUAGUUAUGACACUGGCAUCCCUGGGAGCUGGCUUUGACUGUGCAAGCAAGACGGAGAUUCAGAUGGUUCAGUCUCUGGGAGUGGAUCCAAGCAGAAUCAUCUAUGCCAACCCCUGCAAGCAAGUUUCUCAGAUAAAGUAUGCGUCUGCCCAUGGGGUUCAGAUGAUGACCUUUGAUAGCGAAGUGGAACUCAUGAAAGUGGCCCGCUGUCAUGAUAGUGCCAAGCUGGUGCUGCGUAUUGCCACAGAUGACUCAAAGGCAGUGUGUCGCCUGAGCGUGAAGUUUGGGGCCACGCUCAAAGCUUGUCGAGGUCUUCUGGAGCGGGCUAAAGAGCUGGGGCUGGACGUAAUCGGCGUCAGCUUCCAUGUUGGCAGUGGCUGCACUGAUCCCGAGACCUACUCCCAGGCAAUCGCUGAUGCCCGCUGUGUCUUCGAUAUCGGGAAUGAGCUGGGCUUCAACAUGGACCUGCUGGACAUUGGAGGUGGUUUCCCUGGUUCAGAGAAUACUGAACUCAAAUUUGAAGAGAUCACAGCGGUAAUCAGCCCAGCCCUGGACAAGUAUUUCCCUGCUGAAACUGGUAUCAAGGUCAUUGCUGAGCCAGGGCGCUUUUAUGUGGCCUCUGCUUACACACUGGUUGUCAACAUAAUUGCCAAGAAGGUCAUCAUGGACGAGGAGUCGGCCUCCGAUGAGGAAGACGAAGGGACCAGUGAUAGGACUCUGAUGUACUAUGUCAACGAUGGAGUGUAUGGAUCCUUCAACUGUAUACUUUAUGACCAUGCUCAUUGUUUGCCAACACUACACAAGAAGCCAAAGCCAGAUGAGGUCAUGUACCCCUGCAGUAUCUGGGGCCCAACAUGCGAUGGCCUUGAUCGCAUUGUUGAGCAGUGUUACCUGCCUGACCUGCAAGUGGGCGACUGGCUGGUUUUUGAUAACAUGGGUGCCUACACGGUGGCUGCCUCCUCCACCUUCAACGGCUUCCAAAGACCUGACAUUUACUACGUCAUGUCCCGCACUGCCUGGCAACACGUGCAACAGAUCUGUUCCCAGGGCAUGCCAGCUCCUGCGGAGGAGUCUUGUCUUGAAGUGCCAGCCUGCUGUGGUCGAGAGAGCAGCUUGGAGAUGCCCAGCUUGGAGAUGCCCGCUAAGCCCUGCCAGGCCCAUGUGGUUUAAACGUGUUCUGUAUAUCGCAGCAAUGUUCUCCAGAUCUAGCAUCCUUAUUAAUUAUUGGAGAAGGGAGCUUUUUUUUUUUUUUUCUCCCCAAAUGUAGAUUUUUAAGGCCAGUUACUUGACCGGAGGAGAAUGAGAGCGUCAUGUUGUUGCACAUUUUGUGUUCGGUACAGAAGUGGGGAUCAACCCUAAAUGAAAUGAGGCUGAAUCACACUCUGGUGCCUCUGUGUGUUCCAGGCAGAGUGUUACAGGGCAACUUGUUGCUGCAGUCUUCUGCCCUAAUUUGUGGUUAAUGACUGGAAGAACUGGAACACUGCAGUUCAUGAAGAAACCAUUUUCUGAACUGAUAGUGUAGGGAGACAAACUUUUUUUGCUUUGUGAAAAAAUGAAUGGAAGAACAACUUUACAGUGUUUCCCUUCAGUAAAGCGAGAGGCCCAGUUAACCUCUAAAGGCUCGUCCCUAGCUAGUAACUCGCAAAGAGGCGGUUGGAGGGUUGAUUUGAUUCCUCAAAUGGCUGCUAUGUUUUCUCCACUUCUGUACAGAACCACUCAAAAGUGUUAAUCCUCAAGAUGUUAACAUGUAUAAAACCUUUUUAUUAGCCAUGCUUUCCCAUGCAAAGUGUAUAGGUACACACAAACUUAAAGUAAAUGUGCGUGUAACAUUCUGCUAGUCAAAACACCAUAUAGUGUGCUGAUCUGGCUGCAGCACUUGAAAUUGUUUUUUUUCGGACAGCACUAUAGAAACCUACUGAAUACACAUUUUUAGCUACCCAUGUCAAGCCUGUGAUCCACCAGCUUUACCCAGGUCACCCGGCACUGCAGCUGCCACCAAAAACAAAUAUCUUCAGGAUUAACUCUUAAAACACAGGGACUCAAGAAGCAGACUGCCCCUCUCCUCUUCUCCUCCUCCCUUAUUUUGUAACCUGUAGAAGGCAAGUCUGUUCAUGAUAUGAAUAAGCAGCAGUGUUAAAACUAUACAUUUAAAAUGGAUACGAAAGAGAUGGGAUUGCAAAAUCAUAAUGCUUUCCUAUGGAAACUUUCAAGUUUUGUAUUUUUUUAAUAAAUAAAACAUCAGGUGCAGAGCCAAA